AUGGGAAUUUCUACGGCGCCGGACGAAUAUCAAGCGUGCAUGGAAAAGACAUUUGGUGACCUGGAUUUUGUCGUCGUUUAUCUGGACGAUAUUCUCGUUUAUUCUAGUAGCGAGAAGACUCACCUCAAGCACCUGGGUAUCGUGUUUAAGCGUCUGAAGAAGUAUGAUGUUACGCUUAACGGCAAGAAGUGCCACAUUUUACGCGAGUCUGUUGACUAUCUUGGCUUUACUCUUACAUCCGAGGGGAUUCAGCCCCAGCAGACGAAGAUUCAAGAAAUCUAA